ACAGCACUUGUCAAUAAUUACAUGACUGUUGUCGAGGAAGCAGCAAAGGUGACGGUCGCGCCGCUCGUCCGCCGCCUCCUCGUAGGUCUUGGCAACCCAGGCGAGAAGUUCAAGAUGACUAGACACAACGUGGGCAAGAUGGCGGCGACGCACUUUCUUCAGCAGCACACGGCCAGUCCAUGGACGGAUGGAAAGGGCGUACAUGGCGAGGUCCUCACGGCGCAGAUUUCAUUUGCCGACGCCAAAGGGGACGAUUUGAUCGAUCAGAUCUCGGAGAGACGAAAGAAACGCACGCUGGAGGAAGGUGUGCCAUACCCAGUCGCUGACGUCCACGGACUCCUUCCGUCGACGUUCAUGAAUCGAUCCGGCAUGUCCGUGCGGAGUUACAUGGACUUGCAUCGAUUCCGGCUGAAGAACAAUGCGCUGGUCAUGAACAAGCACGACGAGCUGCUCGUGUUGACAGACGACAUUUCGCUCCCGUUCGGCACGUGUCGCUUCAAGGCCAAGGGCGGCCACGGGGGACAAAACGGCGUGCGCGACGUCAUCAAGUGCGUGGCGACGGAGAAGUUUGCGCGCUUCAAGAUUGGCAUCGGGUGUCCAACGUGGUUUCACAACCCGAGCAACAAGGGCAACCCCCCGCCGGGCCUUCAGCUGGACCAGUACGUACUCGGUCGGUUCCAGCCGCAUGAGCAGGACGACAUGGCCAAGCUGAUGGCGUACUGCACGGCGCUGCUGCAUGUGUACGUCCAUCGCGGACUCAACGACGCGAUGAUGGUGGCGAACUCUGGCUCCAUGGCAACGUAUCAGGCGUCGGCACCCAAGCAAAAAAAAAGCAACCCACCACGAUCAUCAACUAAAUAAAGGUCUGCAUUCAUCCGGCGCUACUCCUACCAGCGACUACGACGACGACUACAAUCAU